AUCAUCAUCAUCAUCAACAUCAUCAUAUAAUAUUAUUAUAAUUAUUAUUAUUUCGAGAUUAAAUUUUCAUGGUGCUAAAUAAAUCCUUUAACUUUACAGAAAUCUUAUUCUACUCAAUGGAAUUCUUAUCUGUUGCUGGAGGUGCCUUUCUGACUAUCGCUUUCGAGAGGCUGUUUGACAAGCUAGAGUUCAGUAGGUCGCUCAAUUUGCAAAAGCAAGUCCUUAAUAAGUUGCGACACUGGGAGAGCUUAUUGCCAAUAAUCUGUGCCUUCCUUGAAGAUGCCGAAGAAAAGCAGAUGUCUAAUUCUAGCCACUUGGUAAAGAAAUGGCUUGAUAAAAUGAGGGACUUGGCUUAUGAUAUAGAAGACAUCUUGGAUGAAUUCCAAGUUGAAUCCCAGAAGAAAAGCAACUUCAAUCCAAAACCUCACCAAGGAAGCACUAGCAAAUUCAUCCCCUCAUUCAUCAACUGUUUCCAACAGAGUGAUUUGACCUUUGAUUCCCAGACCAUUUCUAAGGUGGAUGACAUCACCCUCAAAUUGCAAUACUUGGUAGAUGAAUCGAAGUUAAUUGGCUUGGUAAGGCAAGUUGGAGAUAAGCCUAGUGGAAUGGCUACAAGAAGGUCACCCACUACUUCUCUACCUGAACUUUAUGUUUGUGGCCGACAAACUGAAAAAACAGCUAUUCUUGACAAGUUGCUCAAUGAUGAAGGUGGUUCCAAAGGAUUUAGUGUUAUUCCCAUCCUUGGAAUGGGAGGCAUUGGCAAGACCACUUUAGCUCGACUUGUUUACAACGAGGUGACGACGCCACAAAACUUUGAGAUUAAAUCCUGGGUUUGUGUCUCUGAUCAGUUUGAUAUUACAAGCAUAACGAAAGCCAUUCUAGAAGCAGUUGGGGGAAAUUGUGCUUUGAAUAAUUUAGAUUUGCUUCAACAAGAAUUGAACAGCAAGUUAUCUAACAAGAAGUUUUUGCUUCGAUCUAGUGGGAAUGAGUCACGGUUUUUGAUGCAUGAUCUCAUACAUGAUUUGGCUCAAUUUGUUGCUGGAGAAUCGUGCUUCACUCUUGAACAUAAGUUUGAGGUUGAUAAAAAAUCAAAAGUGAAGUAUGAAAAGGUUCGUCAUUUGUCUUGCAUCCGUGGUUACCGUGACACCUCUAAGAAAUUUGAAGUCUUGAAUGUCAUGAAGUGUUUGCGAACAUUCAUUCCAGUUGGCUCAAAGAGAUGGUGUAAUAUAUCAAAUACAGUGGUGCAUGAUUGGCUGCCAAAAUUAAGAUGCUUGAGGGUACUGUCUCUUGAGUGUUAUAAGAUAAAUAAGUUGCCAGAUUCAGUUGGAGAUUUAAUACAUUUGAGAUACCUUAAUUUGUCAAAAACUGAAAUUGAAAGACUACCUGAGUCCGUGGGUUUCCUCCUUCAAUUACAGACACUGUUGCUCUUUAACUGCUGGAAAAUUUUGAAGUUACCUGUGACAAUUGGGAACUUAGUUUACCUCCAUCAUCUAGAUAUUGAAGGUACGAGUUCCUUGAAAGAGAUGCCAUCAGAAAUAAGAAAACUAUCUAUCCUGAAUCUAGAGAAUGUUUUGAAUGUUCAAGAUGCUAUGGAGGCUGAUCUAAAGAAUAUUGAUGGUCUUGAUGAGUUACAUUUGGAGUGGACUUCUGAUUUUGGUAAUACGAGGAAUAAAACCAAUGAAGAAAUGCAGAUCCUCAAAUGGUUAAAACCUCAUUCAAAUUUGAAGAGUCUCACAAUUGUUUCUUAUGGUGGCCAGGAAUUCCCUUCCUGGAUUGGUGAUCCAAUUUUUUCUAAUUUAUCCUAUUUGAAGCUUGGAGAUUGCAAGAGAUGCACUUUGUCCCCAUCACUUGGGCUAUCACCUGUUCUCAAAGAAUUGAUUAUAGAAGGCAUAGAGGGAAUAGAAACAGUGGGUCCAGAGUUUUAUGGGAAUGGAACUUUCUCACCAUUGGAGAAGUUGGUUUUUCGAAACAUGUUAAAUUGGAAGGAAUGGAUUUCUCCAACUAGAAAUGGAGGUGAAUUCCCUUGUCUUGGCCAUCUUGAGAUUGAAAAUUGUCCGAAGUUGACAGGACAAUUACCCAGCCAGCUUUCUUCUCUGGUGAAUCUUGUGAUAAAUGGAUGCCCAGAGUUAAGAUGCUCAUGUACCACAAGUCUUGUGUCACUUAAAACCCUUCAUAUUGGAGACUGCAGUGUUAUUCUUUUGAAGAGCAUGGUUGAUCUGACCUCUCUCACUCAAUUGAGAAUUGAGAAUAUUUCAGAGAUGUCUUGCUUGCCUAAGUGUUUUACACAGUUCUUAACAGCUCUUGAGAAUCUUGAAAUUGAAGGGUGCAAAGAACUUACUUGUUUGUGGGAGGAUGGAUCAGAAACAAUAAACCUUGCUCGCCUUGAGAAAAUGGAAAUUAGGAGUUGUCCUUUGCUUGUGUCGUUGACAGGGAAAGAACAAGGCCUCUUGCCUUUGAAUCUUAAACAUCUUGUCCUCUAUAGUUGUGAGGCAUUGGAGUCAUUAUUACCUGAUCUGAUGAUGAGGAAGAUGGGCGGAAGCAACAAUAAUAGCACCGACAUGUUGAGACUUGAAGGGUUAGAAUUUCAUGGUUGUCCUUCUCUCAGGUCAUUAUCCUUGCCUAUCACAGUUAAGCGGUUGACAAUCGAAGGAUGUGAAAAUCUUGAGUCUUUACCGGAUGCAAUACUGAUGCAAGAUGACGGUGACAACAAUAGCAAUCUUGAAUAUUUAUAUAUAGAGAAACAUCCACCUCUAAAUUCUUUUCUGAGGGGUCAGCUGCCAGCUUCUCUCAAGGAAUUUAAAGUUCAUAAUUGCGAGGGGUUGGAAUCUAUUUCAAAGGGAAUGCUGCAUCAAUGUACAGGACUUAGAUCCAUUCAAUUUUGGAAUUGCCAAAGGUUGAAAGGCUUACCCAGCCUUGAUUGCCUCAGCAAUCUCAUUGGAUUAAACAUUAUCAAUUGUGACGCUUUAGAGUCCAUCCCAAAUCUGGGCUUAUGCAUCCCCAAUCUCAAGGUAUUGAGAAUAUGGAGUUGUAAGAAUCUCAAGUCCUUCCCAAAUACUACGAUGUCCCAGUUGAAAUCACUUCAGGAGCUAUACAUAGAGGAUUGUCCAAACAUAGAGUUGAUUCCGUCUCCAGGUGGGAGUGAGAAUGGGGGUUUACUUUUAGAUUUACCCCCAAACUUAACAAAGGUUUCGUUAGACGAUGCAAUUCUCAAGUUCCUACUACCAAAUACGACUCAAAAACUAUCCAACCCAGUUCCAGAUGGGCAUUUGGCAACGGUGGCGGGAAGCGGCCUCCACAACCUUACCUCUCUUCAACACUUGUCAAUUAGUUGUCGGACAUGGCCGCCGGAAAUUGUGCUGCCUUCUUCUUUAACCAGUCUUUAUAUGGUCGCUGUUGAAAAUCUGGAAUCAAUACCCAGAGAGCUCCUCCAAAACCUAAACUCUCUUCAAUGGUUGGGAAUAUGGAGGUGGCCGAAGCUACGAUCCUUGCCAAAGGAAGGCUUGCCUCCCUCUCUUGAAGAACUCAACAUCUUCACCUGUCCGCUUCUAAAACGACAGCGCUUUGAGGCGGAAGGAGACCACUGGCCUCUCACCCAUACCAUCCCCUACGUUGAGAUAGAUGGGAAUCAGGCGAAAGGAGACCACUGGCCUCUCACCCAUACCAUCCCCUUCGUUGAGAUAGAUGGGGUUCAGGUAAUAAAACCUACUGCUAUGAAGCUGAAACUGGGUUAUCAUGUUUUCUGUUAUGCUUUUCCUACUAAAAAUUUUGAUUUACUAGGUAUUCCCAUAGGAUAGCACUGCAACCAUUUCUUAAGUACUUGACUCAAAUCUUGAACAAAUUCAUCAAAAUCCUACAGGCUUAAUUACUUCAGAGUAUGCUUCAAGAUCAGAUGUCUCGAUGGAUAAAUAGUAGCGUACUUGGGAUCCAUCAUGGUUGCAGCAACAAACUUCUACCCUCCAAACAAUGCCCUCUCUGGUAAUGUAAGAAGGUGGUGCAACCUUCUUUUUAAGGCACUUCAAUUUUCCUACUGUGCUUGACCUUCUCAUCCCCGCUGUUGUCGGAGAGAUUUUUUAUCAUUUUGUCAAGAAAAUGCUAAGAUUUAA